AUGAACGGCCAUUCUUUCCUUGUACCUAGCGUCUGGUUUCCAGCGUACGAGGAAGACUUUGAGGAGCCAGAAGGGAAGGGAGUGAGAGAGUCACUGUUGUGCACAGAACAGUUUGUUCAAAGUGAAAACUUUGUGAAUGAGGUUAGAGCCCAGAGUAGUGUCGUAUCCAUGCAUCAUACUGUGAUCAUUGAUGACGAAUCUGGGAAGAUCCUGGAAAAAGAAGGGAACUCUGAGGUUUCAAAGGAGGAAGAGGGGGAUGGAGAGUACUACCUAGACCACAGGCCUGAAUCCCAUCUUGCACAGCCGUCAUCUUUAGAUUCUCAUCCACUCAGUUUCAUCUUCCAGCCUUCCAACCUACCAGCCUACUUCAGUGAUAUGGACGCUGAUCCCUCUAUUUCUGAAACUGAACGGAACCAAGAACUUAUUAACCAUUCAAAUUCAGAAGAAAAAGCAGAGUUAUGCAGCCUUAAUGUUACAGAGAAGGAGACUGCAAAAAAGAAAACGAAUAGGGUUCUUGCAGCGGGUUCCCAAAAUGCUUCUUGUGUUGUUCUCGAAGAUGUACAAAAUCCAGAUGUCAACCAGAACCUAAACCUGGGCCAUCCCACACGCAGAUCAGCCAGAUGUGCUACAGCAAAUAGCUUGGGCCAGCAGUCCUUCAAGCUUUCUUCAUUUCUGGUAUCCAAAGGCAGUUUGGAUGAAAUUCAGGAAAAAGGAGACUCCAAUUUGCCAGAAAUUCCUGAAGAGCCUGCUCCACCUGCCCGGAAGAAGACACGGACUUUCUACAGCGCUGAACAGCUAGAGGAACUGGAGAGAAUGUUCCAAGAAGACCAUUAUCCUGACAACGAGAAGCGCCGGGAAAUUGCUGCUUCAGUUGGUGUGACACCACAGCGUGUUAUGGUCUGGUUCCAGAAUCGCCGAGCAAAGUGGAGAAAAAUAGAAAAGAUGACAGUGAAAAGCAAUAAGAAAUAUUCUUUUCCAGCGCCUGCUCUGUCGCUGGACCCUCAGCAGAUAUCACAAGGCACGACUCUCUUGGCUGUGACUCAGCUAUCUGACCCUGCGAACAGUCAACCCACCACAAUCACAAUGGGUACUGCAACGGUGAACUAUUCUGGUGCACUUAGUGGACCGUCCAUCUCGUUGGCCUCCACAUCAGUCGCCUCCGUUACUGGCAAGACAGCCCUUUAUGACUCCAUCCAGACAAAAGCCACCUCACAGGGUUCCUUGGGAUCCCUCAGGGAAGAACUGUUUCCUGCCAUUCCAAGCCCUCCGCCAAUUCGGAGGACCAGCCUUCCCCUCAACAUGGUCUUUAACCCGAAUCACCACAUCGUUCCGUUGAUGCUGGAGAACAGCCUUGCCAGCGAAUGCAGCCCCCCCAGCCAGGAGAGCAGCCCCAGCGAGGCCUUCUCCUACAGCAUCCAGAGUCAAAGCAUCAGUUCUCCCGGGCACUGCAGUUAUCCUGAACAACUGGAGCCUACAAUCAACCUUGAAGCCCCCUAUUUUCACCCUAAUAGCCAGUCUGGGGCGUACCAGUUUGGCCAGUAUUCUCAACACGAGGUGCCUCAGGUCCACUUCCCGAUCCAUCUUUCUGGCAGUGCGUUGCCCAGUGUCCGACUCACAACAGCGACACCCAGUAAGUCCACAACGACCUUUUUCUCACUGCCUGGUAGUGGUGGACUUGUGACCUAUGGAGCCACAGAGUGUCCUCAAGGCUUCCUGCAGAACCACGUAGGAGGUCACCUCCUAGUACAGCCAUCAGCUGGGAGCUCAGGCUACAUCCCUGCUUUUCAGGCUUUGCCCUGGAAUGAGUUUUCUGUGCAAGGAGCCCCCUUUGCCCACCCGUUUUCCUCCCCGAUACCGUUUUCCAGCUUGGCAGCGGCUGGCGGAAGCUCUGCCGAGCAGGCUCCCUUUGCCCCGAGCCAGACCCUGCCUGCCAGUUCCUGCCUCCUCCAGCUGCCCAAGCCCGCCAGGCCAGGCACCACCUUGUUGUUCAGCACCAAGCCGGCAGUGCCAGCGAAUCUGGAGCCCCCGUCUCAGGCGCAGACCAGGAUGCCAGCAGGAGGGGACUCGGACCCUGACGAUGCUCCCCGGGAGGAGGAGAGCACGGCUGGGGAUCCACUGCCAGGCCUGAGCAAAGAGCGCGUGGAUUUCAGUGACAGCAUCCCAGAGCGAGGCAUUAUUCCAAAGAGAGUCUUCUCAGAAGCACUUAUGCGCAUUCUUCCCAAAUGA